UGUCCUAGAGCACAGGCCCAAUCUAGGGGGGUUCCUAGGGUUGGGGGGUUCCUAGGGUUGGGGCGUGACAACAGUGUCCAUCGGCUCUCCUUCCAAUAUGGCAAAGGGAACCAUGGUAUUACAGCAGCAUCUACUAGUCUGACGCAUCUUCGGUCAUUUGCAAUCUUUGGAAGCUCAAAUUAUAUUCACAUGCAUCAUAUUUCAUACUUCAAGUUUCUCCGAGUUUUAAUAGUAAUGUUUUCAGAUGUUCACCAUCAGAUCAGUUUGGACUUCACAGGAAUUUGUCAAUUGUUUCAACUGAGGUAUUUGAAGAUUGAAUCCGACAUUCAUGUGCAGAUACAAUUGCCUGCUCAAAUUGGGGAGCUAAAAUUAUUGGAAACCAUUGAUAUAGAAUGGGGAUCAGUUUGUAUUCCGCAAGAUAUUGUUCAUCUGCCUCACUUGAUUCAUCUUGUUAUCCCAGAAGGAACAGGAUUACCUGAUGGGAUUGGAAACCUGAAGUCUCUCAUGACUUUGCAUUCUUUUGAUUUGGGGGAGAACUCAUUGCAUAAUAUCAGAAGUAUCGGAGAGCUGACCAAUCUCAGAGAUCUUAAUCUGUGUUGCUCUUCUAAUAAAAAUGUAACUAAUACAGAGACAUGGAUUGAUGUUUUGCGCUCUUCCAUUGAAAAGCUUGGCAACCUCAAAUAUCUACAUUUGUAUUGGCCUGAUACUUGUGGAAAUGGCCUAAGUUCUCUGACCCCUCCACCCCGCCAUCUUCGCGAAUUGGAGAUCAUAUACUGGUGGUUUUUCAAAGUUCCAAAGUGGAUUGGAGAGCUCCAUGAGCUUCAUGUCAUGAAACUUGCAGUGCAGGAGGUGUCAGAUGAUGAUAUCAGUCUCCUUGCACGACUGCCUUCCUUCACAAACCUUGGAUUGCGUAUUCGCCGAGCACCUAAGCUUAAGAUAAUUAUGCAUGACAAGGCAUUCCCAGUUCUCAGAUACUUCAAAUUCUGGUGUAGGACACCUUGCCUGGUCUUUGAGGCAGGAACAAUGCCAGAGCUGACGAGGCUCAAGUUACGUUUCAGUGCACAAGGAUGGGGGAAAUCUGCUGCUACAGCGCCUUCCGGAAUUGAACACUUAUUAGGGCUCCAAGAGAUUUUCCUUGAAAUUGGAGGCCUCCGUGAAGAGCGAAGAGCUGCGGAGUUAGCACUAAGGGAAGCUAUUGGCAAGCAUCCUGGUCAUCCUAGUGUGAAGAUCGUCAGUUGCCCGCAUACACAGCUCUGAAAUUUCUGACUAGAAGAGAACUGGGAUAAAAUGGCUGAUCUGAAUAAAAUAUGGCCACUCAGGGUACGCAAGUGUAGCAUGUCGGGAGCUUGUCGUGUGAAAAACAAGGGUCGCCAGGCAUCUAGGCAAGCCCAAGUGCCUGUCUUCAUGCUUCACUCUUACUUAUUAUACUUGUAAUUUGCGAACAAAAGUUAUUUCCUGUUAAUAAUAUAUUUAAGGAUUAUUUGAUCAUGUUGGUGUUGUCGUCGUUUCUUGUUUAUUCAGUUGGAUUCGUGGGAAGGCUACCCAGGCAAGUCGAUCUACAGGGUGAUUGUUUGGCGGUCUAUUUCAGAAUGAUACAGACCCAUUGCUAAUAUAUAUGCAGGUUUUUUUUUUGCUGGUUUGGAGGAUACUGAUUCAUAAUCAAGACUGAGUUCCAGUGUUUACUGCUGAUGCAGAUGAUUAAAGAUUGUUCGUGUUGUUGGUUUGUGCCUUCUCUGGAAAUUGAUCAACACUGUACAAGAUGGAUGCUUAUGUUGAGCUUCUGAUGCAAAAGAUGAAGAGUCUCUGAAGAUUGCUUGGCCCUGACAGACUGAAGAUAGAAUGGAGUAAAUGCAGAAAGGUUGAUUUACACGGAGUAAGAAACAUGUUUUCAUGGAAUCUGAGAUACAGUUAACAUCAUGAUACAAUGCAAAGCUACCAUGUCUGAGAAAAUUUUCAUCCAUGUCCAAACAUACCUCGGUUUAUAUCGGAGCACUAUGAGCAAAGAACAGAGCAAGCACAGAUCAAUAUCCACCGUUGGUUUGUGGCUUCUCGGAAAAUUGAGGAAUGACAAACAUGCAAGCGCUUUGGAGGUGAAUAGUUAACAAUCAAGACUGAACGAGAUGGAUGCUUAUGAUGAUCUACUGAUGCAAAAGAUGAAGAGUAUCUGGAGAUUGCUUGUCAUUGACAAACUGAAGAUAGAGAAAAGCUUCCAGCUUUCCAG